GUGCUGAUUGGACUGCUCAUUGUGAUCUGCCAGACGUUUGCCAGCACUGUCAUUCACAAUGUCGAUUUGAAUGAAUAUGUUUAUGGCAUCGACGAUGAUCUCCAAGCCCGAGCACGUGCCGCCAUCGAGGCCGAACGACAUGCCUUUCAAAACAACUGGAGGCAGAGUGCAGUUAACAAAAACAGCAGUGACUGCAUCGACACGAGGGAGAGUCCCUGUCCACCAUCCAAGUACAGAACACCGUCCGGAGCUUGCAAUAAUAUCAGACAUCCGUCCUGGGGGGCUAGAGGGUCACCUUACCUAAAGUUUAUAUCUUCGAAGUACUCAGACGGUCUAUCCCGCCCGAGAUCAUCAUCGACGCGCCACGUUCUCCCCAGCGCGUCGGAGGUAGUCUCGCGCCUGGAGACGUCGAGCCUCCGCCGAGGUCUCCCCAACGAGGAGCGAAAAGCCCUGACCAGCCUAGCCGGUCUGUGGUCGGAGCUGGUCCUCCGGGACAUCUCCUCCCCAGUCUUCCCGGACCUCGACCUGUCCCGCUGCUGUCACCGCGAUUCCCCGCACCCAGAAUGCUACCCGAGCUCGGAGCCCACAGGCGACUGCAAGCCCUACUACAGGAACGUCCCCUCGCGCACGGCCUACGGCUGCAAGUUCAGCGGCCGUGAGCAGAUGAACGGAGUGUCCGGUUAUCUGGACGGCUCCGACAUCUACGGCAGCACGGACGACCAGCUCCACAAAAUCCGGAAGUACGAGUCUGGUCUCGUCGACCUGACGAACUGCGAGGCCUGCAACGACAGCACAAGCAAGCUCGGAAAGCUGUACUCCUUGAUGCUGAGCGAGCACAACAGAAUCGCCAGACGACUGAGUGAGCUCAACGCUCACUGGGACGACGCGAAGCUCUUCCUAGAGGCGAGGAGAGCAGUGGUCGCGCAGAUCCAGAGGAUAACCCUCCAGGAGUUCGCUUCCAGCAUCCUUGGAGAGUCGGACACCGGUGAGCUCGAGCAAAUAAACUCGGGUUCCUACAAAGGCUACUCCUCGAACAACCGAGCUGGCGCCUUCGACGCAGUCGCCCUGGCAGUGCUGCCUGCCCUGACGUCCCUCUCAAAGCGCUCGACAUCAGCAGAGCCCUCUCUCGAAGCCGAGAUAGAGCACGCCGCGAGCCCGCUGACCCUCAACGUGCUACACUGGACGGGCAACAACUACUGGAACGCGUCAGCUUUGUUGAUCCAUGCAGCCAGAGACCACGGGAUCCCCGGGUACACGGCAUUCUUGGACCGCUGCACAUCGGGAACGAUGAGCAGACACAUGAGACCCGAGAACAAAGUCCUCUUGGAGAACAUCUACGGCCGGGCGGACGAUGUGGACCUCCUGGUCGGUGCAAUACUGGAGAAUCCUAGUGACGGAUCGGCAGUGGGACCGACAUUCGGCUGCCUCCUAGCUGGUCAACUAGCGAAGAUCAGAAACUCCGACAGAUUCUGGUACGAAAACGACCUGCCGCCAUCGAGCCUCAGCAGCGAGCAACUGUCAGCAAUGAGGAGAACCAGUCUCGCGGGUCUUCUGUGCGCGAAUAUUCCGAUAGGUGUGGUUCAGCCAAUGGCUUUCCUACAGAGCGACGCCUACCUCAACGCCAAGAUCGAUUGCGAUAGGCACAAUCCGCUCGAUUUGUCCGCUUGGAAGGAGGAAACAGGCGAUGAAGACGAGAAGGAGCAGACAAACAGGAGCAGUGAUGAUGUUAUUGGCAUCGACACUGAGAAGCCUUCAUCAUCGUGGCUCGAAAGCCCUGAGGAGCCCCUCAUCAACGCUGACAUGAUCGCGGCGGCUCUGGCCAAGGCCCAACAAGACUUGAUCGAGAGAAAGCGUUUGGAGUAUAACUCCUGGCUUCAGCAGAGAUACGCGGAUCCCAAGUCACCAGCGGGCACUGCUGCCAGUUUCUCGAAAGCCAACAGAGAUGCCCUCUCCCUCGCCAACUCCUCGAUCCUCUACGAGCUGGCGACCAACGAGAUCGUCAACGGCGCUCAAGGCUUGCGGAGAAGGAAGCGUCAGGCCUUCGACAGCUCUGAUAACAUUCUGGGAUUCCCCGGUAAUGACUUCUCAGACGUCCUGCAAAACGUUGAUCUGACUAAUUUCGUGUCGAACUCAAGACCCGUUGAUCCCAGUGAGAUAGACUGUCCCGUCGACGACAGCCCCUGCGACCCAACGACUCCUUACAGAACGCACACAGGACACUGCAACAACCUGAGGAAUCCCAGGCUGGGAAAAUCCCUGACGACAUUUGCGAGGCUGUUGCCACCGGUCUACGACGAUGGCGUCUCGAAACCCAGGAUCACCUCCGUUCGCGGCGGACCCCUGCCGAACCCCAGGACUAUAUCCACAACCAUGCACCCGGACAUCUCAAACCUCCACAACAGAUACACAUUGAUGGUGAUGCAGUUCGCCCAGUUCGUAGAUCACGACCUCACAAUGACCCCCAUUCACAAAGGCUUCGCCGAGUCAAUCCCCUCGUGCAGAUCCUGCGACUCAGCUAGGACUGUUCACCCAGAGUGCAAUCCCUUCCCGGUACCACCUGGUGACCACUUCUUCCCGACGCACAACGCAACAACUGGUGAGAGACUCUGCAUUCCUUCGAUGAGAUCCCUGCCGGGUCAGCAGAACCUCGGACCGCGUGAGCAAGUCAACCAGAACACAGCGUUCUUAGACGCCUCCGUUGUUUACGGCGAGAAUAUCUGCAUCGGGAAUAUUCUCCGGGGUUUCAGCGGCCGGAUGAACAUCACGAAUCAUCCGAACAGGCUCAAGGACCUUCUGCCGCAAUCGGCUACCCACCCGGAGUGCAAGUCACCUUCUGGGUAUUGCUUCAUUGGGGGCGAUGGGAGGGCUUCGGAGCAGCCUGGGUUGACGGUCAUGCACACCAUGUGGGUUCGCGAGCACAACAGGAUUAUGGAGGGGCUGAGGAGGGUCAAUCCUCAUUGGGACGGGGAAAAGCUGUACCAGGAGACGAGGAGAAUCCUCGGCGCAAUGCUGCAGCACAUAACUUACAAUGAAUUCCUUCCGCGGAUUCUUGGGUGGAAUGCUGUGAGCUUGUACGGGCUCAAGCUCCUGCCCCAGGGGUACUACAGGGAGUACUCCCCGACCUGUAAUCCGAGCAUCCUCACCGAGUUUGCGAGUGCAGCUUACAGGAUAGGGCACUCCCUCUUGAGACCGCAUCUACCUAGGAUGGACCAGAACUAUAGAGCUGUCGACCCUCCCAUCCUCCUUCGCGAUGGCUUCUUCAACGUCGACAUGCUCUACAGAGUUGACAUGGUUGACGAAAUGCUCAGGGGGCUGGUCUCCACUCCCAUGGAGACGAUGGACCAAUUCAUCACUGGGGAAGUGACGAAUCACCUGUUUGAGAACAGGAAGAUUCUACAUUCUGGGGUGGAUCUGAUUGCUCUGAACGUUCAGAGAGCUCGCGAUCACGGAAUCCCCGGUUAUAAUAACUACCGCGCACUUUGUAACUUGAAGAGGGCAACGACUUUUGAGGAUCUCUCCAGGGAGAUGGCGCCGGAGGUCAUCGCGAGGUUGAAGAGAAUCUACGCGAGUGUUGAUGAUAUAGAUCUGUUCCCCGGGGGCAUGAGCGAACGGCCGCUGCAGGGGGGCCUGGUGGGACCCACCUUCGGGUGCAUCAUCGCGAUACAGAUGAGGCAGUUGAGGAAGUGCGACAGGUUCUGGUAUGAAACUGACGAUCCGAACAUCAGGUUCACGGAGCAACAGUUGACGGAGAUCAGGAAGAAUACGCUGGCUAAAGUGCUUUGCGAGAAUAUGGACUCUCAUGUGGAAAUGCAGAGGGCUGCGUUCGAUCUGCCGUCGAAUUUCCUGAAUCCUAGGGUGCCGUGUAGCACUAUGGCGCAGAUGGACUUCAGCGCGUGGAGGGAGACCAGGAGCACCGGGUGCCUGAUUGGGGGGAGGAAUCUCGCUGUUGGGGAGAGCGGGUUCCCCUCACCGUGCACCAGCUGUGUCUGCACUAAUGAGGGGACACAAUGUGCCUCUCUAAGAGUCACCGAUUGCGCUCAACUCCUGCGUGAAGCUUCUCGGGAAGCCAUUCUACGUGACGAUGUCUGCACCGCUCAAUGCGGUUUCGCCCUGGCAGCAACCGACUCAACAUCGAGACAAUCAUUCCAAAGCGCAUCAGCAUCGGCAUCAGCAUCAGCAUUCGCAUUCUCAGCUCCUGGACCGAGCAAUCCUACCUCUUUCAAUGAUUUCAAACUCCCCGAUCUUUCUCAGUUCGUUGGUUGA